ACACACUUUCCUGUUUUCAGACUGGAUUGAACUAGUAGGGUCGCCAGUGGAGAUAUUAAAAUCCGCGAUUGACCCCUCACUGGAUCUGACGCGAUAAAAGAUCACCAACAGCACCCGAACCAUCACCAUCGCAUAUCCGACUGAGGUUGAUUUCAUUUACAAAUCACUCUCAGAAAUAAUCAUCAGUACUCAGCAUGCCUUCACCAAUUCGGGCGAAACACCUAAAGCCGGGUGAUAAGAUAGCAUUCAUAUCGCCAUCAGAGCGAAUCAACGCCAUGCUCCCAGCAGUUAUAGACCGAGCCUCUGCUCUUCUCACAAAGAAAGGAUACCAAGUUCAGACUUUCUUUAGUGAAGAUAAGGGCAUUCAGUCAUGCAUUGAUAACCGGCUCUCCGAGAUCCGAGCCGCUUUCUCAGACCCCAGUAUCUCCGCCAUCAUCACUACCAUAGGCGGCACGACCUUCACAGAACUUCUCCCUGCUCUUAUUGCGGAUAAAGAGCUUCAUGAGACCAUUCGUGAAAACCCCAAGAUCGUGGUCGGCUAUUCUGACAUCUCGGGCUUGCAUUGGUUCUUGUAUGGUUUGACAGGUCUUAGGACUUUCUAUGGUCCUGGUGCUGUUCCUGAGAUCGGGGAAUCGAAUGAUGUCAAUGAUAAGGAUACUCCUCUCGCCUUUUGCGUCGAUAAUCUCCUUCGAGCGAUUGCAUCCUCGGAACCACUCGGACAGAUUCCACGAUCUAAGUUUUAUGCACCGAGAGGGGCGCCCUUCUUUACGACACCAGAAUCGACAGAACCACCAAAGGUUGUGAAGACAGCCGACUGGCAAUGGCUACGACCUGGAAAGGCUCAGGGACGAUUAUUUGGUGGUUGCCUCACAGUAGUUGCCCGCCUAUCCGGUGUUUCGGCCAUCGUUCCUGACUGGCGUGGCCGAAUCGUCUUUCUCGAAACUGCUACGAACGAGGAUGGCUCUGGCGGAAACCCUCCUCACCGAGUUCAGGCAGCGUUUGCAGACUUGAUAGCCCACGGCGUUUUCGAAGAAGCUGUAGGACUGGUUGUAGGACGACCUUAUGGAUAUGAUUCCGAUGAGGAUCGAGAGGUUUAUGCGGGUAUCAUCAAGGGACUGUUUUGUGAGGGGCGUCUUGCUUCAAAGAAGUUCCCGAUUCUGUUCAAUGUGGAUAUUGGACAUACGACGCCGAUGGUUACGUUGCCGUAUGAUGCUUUGGCUGAGCUUGAUUCUGAGACUGAUACUUUUGCUGUUUUGGAAUCUGGGGUUGAAUAACGGAAGCGGUCGGUUAAGAUACUGAUGAUUGGGCUGCAUCCAAUGUUUUAUGAUAUCUAAAAUAAAUAAAACUUUAUCACUUCGCUUCCUCGGCUCUCCAGUUCUAUAUCACCAGGCUGUCACUCUCUGCCAUAUUCUAUCGAGCGGAAAGGGCGCCCAUGCGUCCUUUGCUUGUUGAACCUCCAUUUCCCUUCAUAUCUCGCCGGUAGCCGUGCAUCUACAUGUCAUCAAAAUGACACAUGGGCAGCUUAGUUGCCACGCAUCAUCAGCGAGGCAACA